CUGUCAAAAAAAAAAUACAAUUACAACACAGCACGUCGAUUGUAUUUGCUGCCAGGAAAUUUACAAUUUUCAGCCGUUCAACUGCACAGAUUGUCGAAAUAAAUAUAUAGCGUUUGUCCCAAAACGAAUCAUCCUGUCUUUGUGCAUUGGUUGUCCAGAAUAAGUUGCGUUUUAUUGGUUUCCGUGUUCUGAAUAUUGACAUUGAAAAAACAUUUACUUAACUGGAUAACAGAACGAGAAGUAUCUAUCUAAUGAUCGUGGUGGAUAAGAUGAAGUAAAGGGAAUAUACGAUUGGAAACUACACAAUUUAAACCAAGCAGUGGACAAACAUCCUCAUCAGAUCCCAGGGCGAUGGCCAACUAAUGUUCUACUAAAGAAUCGGUGAAAGUGAACCUCCACUGGAAGCGGAAGGAUCGCGGAUAGCCAGACAGCAAGCUUUCUGUCUGUCUGUCUGUACAAAGAAAGAAAUAAAUAGCAAAUCAAUUGAUUGAUCAAGAUGAGUGUGAUUAUUCGGUUACAAAAUUUGCCGUGGACGGCAAAUGCGCGAGACAUUCGAAACUUCUUCGCGGGCCUCUCCAUUCCCGAGGGAGGUGUCCACAUUAUCGGCGGUGAGAUGGGCGACGCUUUCAUCGCUUUCAGCACUGACGAGGACGCACGCUGUGCCAUGCUUAAAGAUCGCGAGAAGCUGAUGGAGAUCCAGGUGCGCCUGCUGCUUUCCUCGCGGGCCGAGAUGCAGAAGGUUAUUGAGACCGCUCGCAAAGUGGCCACGACGGCAGCGCCCAUUGCUGUGCCUGUUCCAAUACCAGUGGCUCCCACUAGGCCAGCUCCUGCUGGUGGCACUGCCCCACUGCCGCCGAUCAUUGGUGGCUUGGGCGGCUUCCUGGGGCAGGUCAAGGCCGCUGUACCUGUAGGUGCUUCAGGCGGUGCGCCCUCAUUUCUAACCUACCAGCAGCAGGCCGGCAUUACGCUUUCCGAGGUCACAGGGCGCAGUCGCAGCCGCUCUUCCAGUUCUGAUGAUAGCGAUCGAGAGCGGGAAUGGGAGCGGGAGCGUGAACGUGAACGUGAACGAGAUCAUCGGGACCAAGGUCGCAAGCGUCGCACUGACCGAAGGGAUAGCCAGGAAAGGGAGCUGAAGUUGGCCCACACUGGAGGCGCUGUCGGGCCUUCGCCCUGGGCUCAGGCGCCACCUCAAGUCCAACUGACAACAGCUCUGGACUUGGGUCUGAGCCUGGCCGCGGUACCGAUCAUGCCUUCGCUACAGAGCUACACAACUAGUACUAGCAGCACUACCAACAACAUAACCAACAACUAUAACCUCGCCUCGAACGCCAGUGCCAAUCCGCAGCUGAUGGCUGCACUGCAGCAAGUGGCUAACAGUAGUCAGGCCCAGGUGAUGGAGCAGCCUGCCAAGUCCUCCGAGCCCAUCGCAUUUGCGAGCGUUAAUCCCUAUGCGCAGAUGUAUCCACAGCUCUUUCAGCAACAGCAGUUGCUGCUCCAGCAGCAACAGACGCCAGCCAAGGUGUCGCCUCUAGGGAUGGGAAGCUCUCCGAGCGGCAGUGGUGGUACUGGAACUGGUAUUGGCGGGGGGAACACACCUGUGGCCGUUGCCGACACCUGUUACAUCCGAAUAAGUGGUAUGUGCCCGACCAUCUCUUACAGCGAUAUCCGCAAAUACUUCCAGGGCUUGUACAUUCCCCAUAACGGCAUUAAGAUUAUGACAGUAAAUGGCAACCGUACCGGGGUCGCAUACGUAGAGUUCUCCCGGGUGUCCAGUGCCCAGAAAGCGGUGCAGCGCAACAACACCAUGUUCCGUGAUCGAAUGAUUCAAAUCGCCCCCGUGGGUGAUGACGAAUUCGAGCGGGCAGAAGAGCGUGCAAAUCAACAACGUAAUCAUCACGAUGGCGGCGGCAGGAACCAUCACCACAACGGUGGUGGUGAGAGGAACAGCGAUAGGGGAGAAGGAGGAAUGCCAACGCCAAUUCCUGUUACUACAGUCUUGUACAUAGAGGACCUACCGCAGCUCACCACCGAGCAGGAGAUUAUGAAGAUGUUCUCCUCCAACUACACUGUCGUGGACAUUCAGCUGUCCCCGAGUCCUAACAAUCGUCGCGAAUGCGUGGCCUUUGUGCUGUUCGCCAGGGACUCGGACGCCAAGUCAGCGUUGGAGGAUACGUCCAGCCACUAUAUUGGUUUCCGGCAGCUGAGGGUGAAACCCAGCACUCUGCAAGAGAUGCAAAAUGCCAAGGAGAAGCUGCGCCGGGCCAACGAGCAGCUUCUUAAGGAAGAGGCCGACCAGAGGGAGGAGCUACUGCAGGAUCAGCAGAGAAGGCAGCAGCAGGACCAGGAGAACCAAAGCAGGUUCGGCAGCGAUCCAAGAAGACGGCAGACGGAGGAGCUGCAGCAACAACAGCAACAGCAGCAGAUGAGUAUGAGUCCCAGCAUGAUGUCACCCUUUGCCAACGGCAACAUGCCUUUCAACAUGCCACCACUACAGCAGCAGCAUCUGCCAAACGGUGGCAACUUUCCCUUCAGUAUGAGCAACAACAUGGCCAUGAACAUGAACUGCAAUGGAAAUUCGAACGGCAAUGGUCCCAACUUUGCAAACAAUUGCCCGGAAAGAAGCGAAAAUGGAGGAGUUAAUACCCAGCGACCCCGGCAAGAGGACGUCUUUGUCCGUGUGCACAACUGUGAGUAUGCCACCCGAGCCAAUGAUCUCGGCGAGCUCUUCUCUUUGGAGCAGCUGCGAAUCGAGCACAUUGAGCAGCUUUUUAACGACCGCAACCAGAGCUCCGGGGAAUUUAUUGUCGAGUUCUCGGAUCCCGCUAGCACCAAACAGGCCGUCCGAGAGUUCCACAAUCGACGUUUCCGAGGCAGGGGACUGCGAGUGGUUACCAUUACGCCGCAGGAGAUUGCAGACAGAAUGAACAAGCCCUUCAUGGAUUAUCUGCCAGGCGGCAACGGUCCCAGGCAGCAGCAGCAAGCAGAAGGUAACAACGUCACUGCCAGCGGUGGGGGCAGUGGGAACGGAGGACGAGGAGGUGGCUCCAACGAGGGUCAGAAAAAACAACAGUCGCGCCGUCGCGGCCCCAGUCGGUUCAACGACAUCAGCAGUCCGCCGCAGGACCAGCCACCUCAGCAGCAGCUAGAGAAGCCAAGAUCCCAGGACCGAGAGAAAUCGCAGGAAAGCAAUGGCAGCUCCACGGCCUCUACAACAACGACCGUGAAGCAACACUUCAACCCAUUUGCACGACCUGACCCACCACUAAUAAGCAGUACCAGCUCCCUUUCACCCAGUGCGGUUCCUGCUGCUGCUACCCCCGUCAUCAUGACGGAAAUCUCGGACAAAUUUAACAGGCCUGGCUGCGUUGUGGCCAUGCGCAACGUGCCCUUCAAGGCGGAGCUAAAGGACAUCCUGCGCUUCUUUGGCGACUACAAGCUCAGUCCCGACGACAUCAUUCGGCGCUUCAACGAUGACGGCAAACCCACCGGCGAUACCCGAGUGGCGUUUGAAUCGCCGGCGGAGGCCCGAUCGGCCUUCGAGUCCCGCCGCAGGAAGCAGAUAUUCAACCGCACCGUCUACCUGGAUAUCAUCUAGGCUGUUCGACAUUUAAUCAUAGAAUUUGUAAAUAAGUAAGAUUAGCACCAAAACAUGUUAGGCAGGUGAAUCGGGCCGCGGGAAGCUGUUCCACUCCACAGAUUUAAUAGCCCGAUCAGGACUUUUGUAGCAUUAUAUAAAUAAUUAAAUUAAAUAAUUAAAGUCUAUUUGUUUUUUACCCUUGCAGGGUAAUAUACGCAUACAACACAGUAAAGAAGACCCUAUAUACCCUAUACCCGAUACCUAUGUCCGUCUCUCUGUCCGUUUCUAGCAAACUAGUCUUAGUUUUUUAAUAUUUGCAAAUAGUCUUUUGGCUAUUCUUAUUAUUAAUA